AUGGCGAGCGAAAGACGAUGUCGAUCAAGUAUAUAUUUUUUGCUUGGUUUUCAUUUGUCCUUACUGCUGAUUUUCGGAAAGCAGGCUCUGGCUGAAUUGAGAUACUCUAUUCCAGAGGAGAUGAGAGAAGGAACCGUUGUUGGAAAUGUUGCUAAGGAUCUUGGUCUGGACAAAACCUCUUUAAUUGAUCGACGAUUUCGUGUUGUGUCAGGAUCAAAGGACGCUUUUUUCGAGGUAAACCCGGACAAUGGUGCCUUACAGGUCCGUAAAAAGAUCGACAGAGAGGAGCUGUGUUACGGUAGUGGUGCGUGUCUAAUGGAGCUGAAAAUCCUUGUUGAAGACCCUUUGGAAAUACACUAUGUAGUUGUAGAAAUUACGGAUGUAAAUGAUCACUCCCCCAGUUUUUCUGAAAAGGAACAGCAAUUUCAAAUAUUUGAACAUGCAGCUCCGGGAACGCGAUUCGAUCUGCACGCAGCCCGUGAUCCGGAUGCUGGAAGUAAUUCUAUUCGUACAUAUACAUUAACAUCAAAUGAUCACUUUGAAAUAGAUGUUAGCCAAAGUGAUGAGGACAAAAUGCCAUUUUUAGUGCUGAAAAAGUCCUUAGACAGAGAACAAAAGAAUAAACACGUGCUAUUUGUUACAGCAGUUGAUGGAGGUAAACCUCACAGAUCAGGGACACUAAAUGUUUCCAUUAUUGUUCUUGAUAUUAAUGAUAAUCGUCCAAUGUUUAGUCAGGAUACUUACCAAAUAGAAAUAUAUGAAAACGUCCCAGUUGGUACUACUGUUACAAGAGUGAAUGCAACAGAUCCAGAUGAAGGGACCAAUGGAGAAAUAGAGUACAGCCUUAGUAAAACAUUAGCACGUAAAAUCUACGAGAUAUUUGAAUUAGAUAGUUUAAGUGGACAACUUAAAUUGAAAGGAGUCGUGGAUUUUGAGGAAUCAGAGAUUUAUAAACUAGAUGUCCAGGCAUCUGACAAAGGAACGCCUCCAUUAAUGAGCAGGUGUAAAGUGAUAAUAAAGAUAAAAGACGUAAAUGAUAAUCCACCGGAAAUAGAAGUCACAUCACUGUCAAAUACAGUGUCUGAAGACUCAAAGCCUGGCACAGUUAUUUCACUUAUUAGUGUGACGGAUAAAGACUCUGGUGUCAAUGGAAAAAUAAUAUCACGCAUUACCGAGGAAGUGCCAUUUGAGUUAAAGCCUUCUUUUAAGGAAAACACAUAUUCAGUUGUCACGAAGGGAUUUUUGGAUCGAGAGGAGGUGUCAAAUUAUGAAAUAACAAUAAAAGCCACCGAUUGUGGUGAACCUCCCUUAUCGACUUUUAAAACUCUCAACAUUCAGAUAUCAGAUGUCAAUGACAACAGUCCACACUUUUCUCAAAAUCCAUUACAUUUUUAUCUUGUAGAAAAUAACAUUGCUGGAGGGUCGAUAUUCUCUGUAAGCGCAAAGGACAAUGAUGCAAAUGACAAUGCAGCCAUUUCAUAUCAUAUUGCUAGAGAGAAUGAUUUAACAACCUUCCUGAAUGUAAAUUCUGAUAAUGGACACAUCACCACGCUAAAGAGUUUUGACUUUGAAACACUGAAGACAUUCCAGUUCCAAGUUGUUGCCACAGAUUCUGGAACUCCGUCACUAAGCAGCAACGUCACAGUGAACGUGUUCAUUCUGGAUCAGAACGACAACGCUCCAGUCAUCCUGUAUCCAGUCAGCUCUAACGGUUCUGCUGAAGGUGUGGAGGAGAUUCCCCGCAAUGUGAACGCAGGACACUUGGUGACUAAAGUCAGAGCCUAUGACGCUGAUAUAGGAUAUAACGGCUGGUUACUGUUUUCACUGCAGGACGUUACUGACCACAGUCUCUUUGGUUUGGACCGCUAUACAGGACAGAUCAGAACACUUCGCUCAUUCACAGAGACAGACGAGGCUGAGCAUAAACUGGUCAUACUGGUGAAAGACAAUGGGAACGUUUCACUCUCAGCAACAGCUACUGUGCUUGUCAAAGUUGUGGAGCCCAAAGAGGCUUUUGCUGCUUCUGAUGUUAAAAGUGCAACAAACGAUGAGGAGGAGAAUAAUGUGACUUUUUACCUGAUGAUAACUUUGGGCUCAGUUUCAACACUUUUUCUCAUCAGUAUCAUCGUGCUGAUUGCAAUGCAGUGCUCUAAAACCACAGACUAUACUUCUAAAUAUCUACAAGAGACUAAUUAUGAUGGGACACUGUGUCACAGCAUCCAGUACAGAUCUGGAGACAAACGGUACAUGCUAGUAGGACCCAGAAUGAGUAUAGGAUCUACUAUAGUCCCGGGCAGCCAUGCGAAUACACUAGUGCUCCCUGACAGGAGAGGGACAUCUGGAGAGGUAAACUGGUUUAUAUGA